AUGGAGGCGCGACUCCGAUCAGCGGCCUAUCAGCAGCGCGUCCGCCGCACCGUUGGCUGCGUUCUCCUCCUCUCCCUCAUCUCGUUCCUCCUCCUCGCGUCGUUCACCGCAAAAAGCGGCGCCGGCAGCGGCGCGCGCGAGAGGAUCUUAAGCUGGCUCCAAGUCUCGUGCACUUCGAGCGCGCCGCAAAGCGCCUCGGGAAGCCGUAGUACGGAAGCCGGCGAGUCGGCAGACGGGGGAUUGCGGGGGGUAGGAGGGAGAGGAGACGAAGGGCUGAGCGAACGCCACGUGUACGGUGGUGAUGGGUACGGGGGAGGGCGGCGGUGCGAGAGAGUGACUAAAGCGGGGAUAUGCGUCUCGGAUUUCUUCGCCCUCGUUGAUGACGUGUACCGCCCCUUCUGGCCCGGAAAGGUUGACCUCGUGAUUCGAAGCUACCUCUCUGAAAAGCUCUUCCUGCUCUACUCGCUGCUGACGUCAGUGGAGCUGAUGUGGCCGCGCGGGAUUGGCCGUGUGGUGGUCGUGCUGGAUGAAGGGGAUGACGUGGCAAUGCACCUCAUGCCUCCAUGGGUUCAGGUGAAAUACGAGCGCAACUACCUGAAGCUUCCCGGGAAGAUUCUCCAGCAGUGGAGCUACGGCUGGGUGGACAACUACACUUCAGCUCCCUUCGUUGCUAUAGCGGAUGAUGACAUCAUCUUCAACCUUAAGGUCACACCAUUCCUGCUCUUCAACCUGUCAGACCCAUCCCAAGGAAACCAAUCUCCAGUAGGCCGGCCGUACCUGAUAGGCAGCAAGGACCAAGGAUACCACCGCCCCUCCACGGAUUUCCUCCUUGGCCGGCGCGCCUAUGCGGGCAACUUUAUGGUUCAGCUGCCGCUGCUGCUGCCGCGGGGGGCCGUGAGCGGGUACAGAGAUGCAGUGGGUGCGGCGCAUCCCAAGAUGGCAGGGGGAUAUGACGAGGCCGUGCAGUGGUGGGCAGAGCAUGGCGGGCAGUACAGGGACCAGAUUGCCCACACUGUGAUGGGCAACUACCUAUGGAACAAUGACAAGGAUAAGAUGGAAUUCGCAAUGGAGUGGAGCGAUCACACGCCCAUCCCGCGAGUGGGCAUCGAAUUCGCAAUGGAGUGGGUGGAUCACACGCCCAUCCCGCGAGUGGGCGUGCAUCCGCCCCACACACACCGACCUCUUCAACGACCUCAGGGAUGGAAUUCGCAAUGGAGUGGAGCGACCACACGCCCAUCCCGCGAGUGGGCGUGCAUCUGCCCUACACACACCGACCUCUUCAAGGACUUGGGAGGGGGCAGGAGGGGGGGGUUGCGUUCUGAUUUGACCCCUAUCCCUCCUCCCUGCCCUUCUCUUCCCCCUUUCUCCUCUCAGAUGGAAUUCGCAAUGGAGUGGACGGACCACACACCCAUCCCACGAGUGGGUGUGCAUCUGCCCUACACCAACCUCUUCAAAGACCUCGGAGGCUCGCCGGUUGACCCGGGCUCCAAGCUCAACCUCUCCUUUGUGCAAACGGCCGCUCACUACCAGAAAGAGACCAUCUGCCACUCCCUGCCGCCAGGUAAAGUGGUGCGGUUGCUGCUGCCACCUCUUGUCCACCCCACCUAG